UUGCCUGCCGCAAACACCAACCAGCACAUUCAAGCUUCAAGUCGCACCUAAGCUCAAGCGCUCAUGGACCAGGACUCUUUCAGACAACUUCUCUCUUCUGGCCCGUCACAGACUCACACUCAGCCCCGGGAAUCCCUGUUCACCAAAAAAAAAAACACUUCUAAAUCAUCUACAAAACCCGCCACUAUCAGCUCAUCGGAGCCUGCUUUCAAACCUAGGAAAGUCAAAAAGGCUGAAGGAAGGUAUCGGGACCGUGCUGCUGAGCGCAGAGUUGGCGAGGGCAAUGAUUACGCACAGGUAGAAGCAGUUUUGGAAGAAUUCGAGAAACGUACGGCAGACCAGGACGAACAUGUUAUAGACGAACAACGACGGUAUUUAGGUGGUGACGGCGAGCAUUCUAUUUUAGUCAAAGGUCUCGACAUGGCGCUCCUCCAGCAGAACAAAGCCAAGGCGGCUACGGCCACAGAUGAGGACGAGUCACUUGAACAAGCCUACACUCAAUCCGCCUCUGAGCCGAUUGUCUCGAGCACGAAAAAACGAACUCGGGAAGAAAUUAUCCGAGAACUAAAGGAGCAAAGAGCUCAAAGAGGCGAAUCGAAUCUCGUAGAGGAUCCAACCUUGAACAAGAACAAAUUCAAACCAAUUGGGUUCAAACCCAUCGGAGGUUCCGUAGAACAGAAGAAGAACAAGAAGAAAGUUAAAGGCGAUGGGGAGAGGAAGAAGAAGAGGCGGAAGGUCGAACUUUCAGCGGAAGAUAAAUCAGCAAAGUCUAUGGCGACGGUAGAGCCUACGUCGACCACUUCUACUGUUCCCAAAUCGCCUAGAUUACUCGAACUAGAAGAGCUCCAACCUCCGGAAGAGUUCGACAUAUUUGCUGGCGUUGGUGACUACGAGGGUUUUAAUGAUGAUGAUGAUGAUGAAAGUGAAGGUGAAGGUGAAGAGAAAGAAAAGACGGAGGAAGUCAUAUCACGCUCGCUUCGUCCUGGUCAAUGGUUUGUUACCGAUGAGCAGACGGGAAAAUCUCCCGGUUUCGCAGAUGAAUCACCUUUAGGCCCUACUCCUGGUCCCUCUGUCUCUCAUCCGCCUCCGAUUGAGGAAGCCCAAGCGAGUGAUGAAGAACAGCUUACACGUCUAGUACCAUUGUCCAGCUCAGCAGUCCCGUCUAUCAAGGAGCUCCUUGCAAUCGACGAAGCGGCUGAAGCGGCAGAUAAGAAACACAAGCGGAAAAACAAGAAGAGAGGUGGAGAUGGUGCCGGUUCGAAGAAGCUCGACGCGGAAGCGAAAGCUAAUCGGGAUUACCAACGACUAAAAUCGUACACGGACAAGCGCGGUGAUGAAUAAAAUUUUCGAUCUUGUCGCCCGGUGUCACUGUGGGGUGGGUCUCUCAUCAGUUUUGUAAUCGGAUCAGGGAGAUGGGAAACUAGUACCACGGGUUCCUCUGACAACUUCGACGAAGGUCUAUUUUUCUUCACGAAAUCCUUUAGGAUGCAAGGUGUAGACGAACCAACUUUCUUGCAUCCUUUACAUGUCCGUCCAUGCUGAAUCAUAAGC